AUGAGUAAUGGAUCAAAGAAAUUUUCAUCCUAUGAUAGUUUGCAAUUUGAAAAAGAGCAUUUAGAAACUUUUAUAGACUGGCCUAUAAAAUGGUUAAACCCAAGUGAUUUAGCACGUGAUGGAUUUUACUAUCUUAGAAAAGAUGAUCAUUGUGCUUGUGUUUUCUGUCAAGGUAUUGUAGGAGUGUGGGAAGAAGGUGACACACCUAGAAGUGAGCAUGAAAAACAUUUUCCAAAUUGUCUAUUUAUAAGGGGAAUGCCAGUUGGAAAUAUUCCAAUUAAAUAUGAUGAAAUAUUUGAUUCCCUAUCAUCUGUUCCUAAAUUGCAAAAUAGAAAGAUGAUGGAAAUAGAUGUCUGUGGUACACAUUCUAAUGGAUCUCUAAAGCAUACAUUGUGUUUACCUCAACAUAGUGGUCCUAAGCAAACAGACUAUUUAACAUAUGAGAAUAGAAUAAAAAGUUUUGCUGAAGGCCCCGAAGGUGUUAAACAAAAACCUGAAGAAUUGGCAGAAGCAGGAUUCUUUUACUGUGAUCUAAGUGAUCAUGUGCGAUGUUUCCAUUGUGGAAAUGGAAUACGUAAUUGGAAAUCUAAUGGUCUGCCCUGGAUUGAACAUGCACGCUGGUAUCCAGAGUGUAACUUCUUGCUUUUGACAAAAGGACAAGAUUUCAUUGAUAAGGCUCAACAAGAAAGAAAACCUCCUGUAGCUCCUAGUAAUGAUUUGUCUGUAUCAGCAGUUAAAAAUGUUAUUAGUGAAAUUGAUUUAAAUACUCUAAUGGAGUUGGAUAUUAUAUGUGAAGUUAUUUCCAUGGGAUUUCCACAAGAUAAAGUGAGAGCUAUUCUUCAACAAAAGCUUGAGCAGACUGGACAGCCUUUCUUUAAUCUUCAACAUUGUAUUCAAGCAACUUUAACGUACAUGGAAAAAGAGUUAAAACAUGAAAAUAGAAAUUUACACCAUAAUGUCGAAGAUACAUCUAUUAUUGAAUUCCCCUUAGGUUUGUGCUAUUAUUUCAUUCUCUUACACAGUUUUUAGUGCAAUUAUUAAUACACCA